AUGACAUACGCUUUCCCGCGGUUUCCCGGCUCGCUCGAACGACUCUCACCUCGUGUCACACCACUCGAUCGGGCUUUCCCAACUCGACCCGGCGCUGCCGUCGCUUCCAAAGAAGCGAUGAUCGCCUUCCUCCUGAGGCAAGUACUCCCCAACCGGGUCCACAUCGUCAUCGUAGACGCCAAGCUGACCCCAUCUCCUCGCCGCACCUGCACCUGCGCCUCCAUCUCCGUGCGAUCGAUCGACUGCGCGCCUAUACAGCUCGGUCUUUCUGGUGUGGUACAUUGCUCUAUGGAUCCUCGGAUUCAUCGGACUCUACGUCGCGUGAGCGCAUCUGCUCUUGAUCCUCGUCCUUCUCCAGUACUGACGCCCCCUCCUCCGAGCUCAUUCAGCAAGACACGCUAUGAUGCAUCCUCGCUCGCACCCCACCCGCACUCCGCCAACGAGGCGACCAAGAUCAACACAAACGACCCAACCUCGCACCCAACACGUUCCUCGCCCGACCCCCGCGGCGUGUCGAUCCUCCGUCCGCUCCGAGGUCUCGACACGAACCUCUACUCGAACCUCGAAUCUUCCUUCCUCCAGGUCUCCUCCUCGCCCUUCGAGAUCAUCUUCUCCGUCGCUUCCCAACACGACCAAUCCAUCGUGAUCGUACGAGCACUGCAAGCCAAAUACCCCCACGUCAAAUCCUCGCUCAUCAUCGGCGAACAGAUCGUCGGCGUGAACCCCAAGAUCAACAACCUCAUCUCGUCCUAUCGAGCAGCCGCAUACGACAUCCUCUGGGUCAUCGACUCGAACGUGCUCACCUCGAUCCACACCCUCCAAAAUUCGGUGCACCAACUCCACUCCCGUGGUGCUCAGGGUCGCGAGAUCGGCCUCGUCCAUCACUUGCCCUUUGCGAUUUACCCCGAUCAAAGCCUCGGCUCGCGCGUCGAACAAGUCUUUCUUUGCUCGACCCACGCCAAGAUGUACCUCGCGAUCAACUACCUCUCCGUCGCUUCCUGCGUCACCGGAAAGUCGUGCCUCUACCGCAAAUCCCAUCUCGACCAAGCCGCGGCGAAGAGACAGCUCGAUCCGAAAAAGGGGCUCGUACUCGCCGAGGGGAAAGGCGGCUUGGCUGCGUUCGGCAAAUACCUCGGCGAGGACAACAUGAUCGGCGAGGCGUUGUGGCAAGAGUUGGGCUUGAGACAUGCGAUGGGGGGUGAUAUCGCUGGGAACGCGGUCGGGUCCAUGACGUUGGGGUCGUACCUUCGGAGAAGGGUGAGGUGGAUUCGCGUGAGAAAAUACAUGGUGGUGUGAGUGAUCGCUUCUUCGGGGCAGACUCGAUCUCUGAGCUCUACUGAGAUUUCCUUCCCUUUCCUCUCUCCCUCAGAGCCUCAACCUUGAUCGAACCCUUGACCGAAUGCCUCCUAUUAUCCAUCCUCGCCGCCCUAGCCCUCCCCUACCUAUUCCCCUCCCUUUCGGCCUUCCUCAUCAUACCCCUCCACAUCACUCUCUGGUACACCCUCGACAUCCUCAUCUACAACGCCCUCUCACGAUCCUCCCCCGCCGCUUCGACGAGGGUCGCUUCCAAUGGACCGGAACAUGAUGGACCGGGUGGGAUCGCUUGGUUCAAAGCAUGGUGGGUACGAGAAGCCUUGGCUUUCCCACUUUGGGCUUUCGCGAUGUUGGGGAAUGAAGUUGGGUGGAGGGACGAUGGGAAGGUUUAUCGUGUGAGGAGGGAUGGGAGUGUGGAUUUGGUGAGGGAGGGGGAAGAGUCGCAGCAGUGGGUUGAGAAGGGUUGGUCGUGGGUGAGUGGUAGGUGGGGCGGGAAGAGGUAUGCGACGCUGCCGGCGAGUGACGAGGAAAGUACAUAG